AUGGAGCAUAGCCUUUAUCUGGUCUUGCUCUUACUUGGUUUUAACUGGUGCAUCUCUGCACAGCAAACUACCAGGAUGCCAGGCUUUACUGAAGAACAUAUGUGGAGAAAUGGCUCUCGCAUCUCCUCAGAUCCUUGUUCGAGUUACACAGUUCUGGAUCAGCCCUGGCGAAGCACCUCCUACGGGCAGGGAAGCAACUGUGACAGUGAUAAAAGAGGGUGGUAUCGGUUUGUCGGCCAGGGAGGAGAACGCAUGCCAGAAGCUUGUGUGCCAAUGAAUAGGUGUAACACUAAUGCACCUAUGUGGUUAGAUGGAUCACACCCUGACCAGAAUGCUGGAAUUGUAACUCGUGUCGCCUGUGCCCAUUGGCAGGGUAAAUGCUGCAUAUGGUCUACCACUGUGCAGGUGAAAGCAUGCACUGGUGGCUAUUACGUCUACAGAUUGGAAGGAACACCAGCAUGUACCUUGAGUUAUUGUACAGAUCCCAACUACACUGGGAGCACAUGUUCCCAAUGUGGUGUUGAUGAGGAAUGCCGGCUGGUGAACGGUGUCUGGGGCUGCAGCUGCAUUCAAGGUUCCAAUAGUUCUGAUAUUUCUAGCUUGGAGCCACAACUAGAGUGUGGAGCAGAUGAAAUUAAAGUUUCACUUGAGAAGUGUGUCCUGAAUAAACUGGGCUUCCAGGAUGUGGUCAUGCACUUGAAAGAUGACAGAUGUGGUGGUUUUGAAGAGCGAAGGAAUACAACGGUGGUCUCAGUGGUAACUCCCACUCAAGGUGGCCAAUGCGGAACAUGGUUAACGGAAAACGACACCCAUGUUACAUAUAGUAACAUACUAUAUCUGGGAAACGGGAUUGUCAUUAGAGAAGAUGAAGUCAAGAUUAAUUUCCAGUGCUCCUACCCACUGGAUAUGAAAACCAGCCUUGCAACAGUUAUCCAACCUAUUGUAACCUCAAUCAACAUCAGUAUGGGAGGCACAGGAUUCUUUACAGUGAAAAUGGCUCUCUACAGAGAUUCGAAUUACACCUCCCCUUAUCAGGGAUCCCUGGCAGUGUUGUCGACAAAGGCCAUCCUGUAUGUUGGUGUCAUGAUCACAAGAGGGGACAUGUCUCGGUUUGUUUUGCGGCUCGUCAACUGUUAUGCAACACCCACAGAAAACGCUACUGGUUCUCUGAAGUAUUUCAUCAUCCAGAACAGCUGUCCAAACCCAAGGGACUCAACUGUUUCAGUGCCAGAAAACGGAGUUGCAUCACAAGCAAAGUUUUCUGUUCAAGGAUUUGGAUUUCUUGGGGACCAUAACCAGGUUUUUCUCCACUGCCAAUUUCGUUUCUGUGACAUUCACACAGAACUCUGCAGACCGCAUUGCUCAGGAGGUGACAGUCGCCGAGCUUCUGCUGAUGAGCCAAAUUAUGUUUUGCGCUUGGGACCGAUUGCCCUGAGAGGUUCUGAAAGUCUUGCUGGAGCCGCCUCAUCUCAUGCUUCACUGGAGGUUUGGACCACAGUGCUGGUUACUGCUGUGCUGGCUUUUUCUCUCCAUGCAUUGGCUUGA